AUGUCAUGGGUAUUGAGAUUUUUGAACAAUUGCCGCACCACAGUUAAUGACCGAGUAUUUGGCCCGUUAAAAUUGGAGGAAGUCCAAGACGCACAGCAGCAAAGCUACGAAAAAUAUACCGUUAUCAAAGAAGGAAAGCCGAUUUCAGCACGUAGCAAGUUGCUCAAGUUGAUGCCCAAGCUUGAUGAAGACGGUGUACUUCGAUGCGAUGGUCGGCUAUGCUAUGCCGAAUUCCUGCCAUAUGAAGUCCGUUUCCCAAUUAUAUUACCGCGAGGUAGCUGGGUGACUAGAUUGAUUAUUAAGCAUUAUCAUGAGAUUGGGCAACAUGUCUUGGGUACUAACCAUAUCUUGGCAAACCUUAGUAACGACUAUUGGAUUGAGGCAGCUCGGGAAGAGAUACGAUCAUGGGAGAAGGAAUGUAGGGAAUGUAGAAGACGAAAGGCGAAGGCGGCGAGUCAAGUUAUGGCACCACUCCCGUUAAAUCGGUCGCAAUUACCGUUGAAGGCGUUUUCCAGAGUUUCGUCGAUUUUGGUGGCCCUUUCAUCACCGUCCAAGGUAGAGGACAAUGAAGACAAAAACGAUGGUUUUGCCUGUUUACUUGUUUCUUGUCUCGUGCGGUACAUUUAG